GGCGGCGGCGGCGGCGGCGAGGCCGCUCCACCGCACACGCACACACAGACCCCGGCGGCGGGAACGCAGAUGACACGCCCGUAACAUGGAAGCCGCCGCCGCCGCUCCGACGACAGCAGCAGCAGCCACAGCAGCAGCCGCCGGCGGCGCCGCGCUGAACAAAGAACAUCUGCUCAAAUUCAUGACCAUGGGGGAUAUGAAGACCCCAGACUUUGAUGACCUCCUGGCAGCAUUUGACAUCCCGGAUAUGGUCGAUCCUAAAGCAGCUAUUGAGUCUGGACACGAUGACCACGAAAGCCACAUGAAGCAGAACGCUCACGGAGAGGACGACUCCCACGCGCCGUCGUCUUCUGAUGUGGGCGUCAGUGUUAUCGUCAAGAACGUUCGGAACAUCGACUCCUCCGAGGGCGGGGAGAAGGACGGCCACAAUCCCACCGGCAAUGGCCUUCAUAACGGGUUUCUCACAGGGUCCUCCCUCGACAGUUACAGUAAAGAUGGGGCGAAGACCUUGAAAGGAGACGUGCCUGCCUCUGAGGUGACUCUGAAGGACUCGACGUUCAGCCAGUUUAGUCCGAUCUCCAGCGCUGAAGAGUUUGAUGACGACGAGAAGAUCGAGGUGGACGACCCCCCUGACAAGGAGGAUGUGCGGUCAGGCUUCAGAUCGAACGUGUUGGCGGGGUCGGCUCCCCAGCAGGACUUCGAUAAGCUGAAGGCACUUGGCGGGGAGAACGCCAGCAAGACUGGACUCUCUACGUCAGGCAAUGUGGAGAAAAACAAAGUUGUUAAGAGAGAGGCAGAAGCCAGUUCUAUAAACCUGAAUGUUUAUGAACCUUUUAAAGUUCGAAAAGCAGAGGAUAAAUUGAAGGAGAACUCUGACAAGGUGCCGGAAAACAGAGUCCUGGACGGGAAGCCGAGCUCCGAGAAGAACGACAGUGGCCUGCCCGGCAUUGCGCCGUCAAAGACAAAGUCGUCCUCCAAGCUCUCGUCCUGCAUCGCUGCCAUCGCGGCUCUCAGCGCUAAAAAGGCGGCUUCAGACUCCUGCAAAGAACCAGUGGCCAAUUCGAGGGAGUCUUCCCCAUUACCAAAAGAAGUAAACGACAGUCCGAGAGCCGCCGACAAGUCUCCCGAAUCCCAGAAUCUCAUCGACGGGACCAAAAAACCAUCCCUAAAGCAACCCGAUAGUCCCAGAAGCAUCUCCAGUGAGAACAGCAGCAAGGGGUCCCCGUCCUCUCCUGCGGGGUCCACACCAGCAAUCCCCAAAGUCCGCAUAAAAACCAUUAAGACGUCUUCUGGGGAGAUCAAGAGAACGGUGACCAGGGUAUUGCCGGAAGUGGAUCUGGACUCUGGGAAGAAGCCUUCUGAGCAGACGGCGUCCGUGAUGGCCUCUGUGACAUCCCUUCUGUCAUCUCCAGCGUCAGCCGCUGUCCUUUCCUCUCCCCCCCGAGCGCCUCUCCAGUCGGCAGUCGUGACCAACGCAGUUUCCCCUGCGGAGCUCACCCCCAAACAGGUCACGAUCAAGCCUGUGGCCACUGCUUUCCUCCCGGUGUCUGCCGUGAAGACGGCAGGAUCCCAAGUCAUUAAUUUAAAGCUUGCUAACAACACCACGGUGAAAGCCACGGUCAUAUCUGCUGCCUCUGUCCAGAGCGCCAGCAGCGCCAUCAUUAAAGCCGCCAAUGCCAUCCAGCAGCAAACUGUCGUGGUGCCGGCAUCCAGCCUGGCCAACGCCAAACUCGUGCCAAAGACUGUGCACCUUGCCAACCUUAACCUUCUGCCUCAGGGUGCCCAGGCCACCUCUGAACUCCGCCAAGUGCUAACCAAACCUCAGCAACAAAUAAAGCAGGCAAUAAUCAAUGCAGCAGCCUCACAACCCCCUAAAAAGGUGUCUCGAGUGCAGGUGGUGUCGUCCUUGCAGAGUUCUGUGGUGGAAGCUUUCAACAAGGUGCUGAGCAGUGUCAAUCCAGUCCCUGUUUACAUCCCAAACCUCAGUCCUCCCGCCAAUGCAGGGAUCACGUUACCGACGCGUGGGUACAAGUGCUUGGAGUGUGGCGACUCCUUUGCGCUUGAAAAGAGUCUGACCCAGCACUACGACAGACGGAGCGUGCGCAUCGAAGUAACGUGCAACCAUUGUACAAAGAACCUCGUUUUUUACAACAAAUGCAGCCUCCUUUCCCAUGCCCGCGGGCAUAAGGAGAAAGGGGUGGUAAUGCAAUGCUCCCACUUAAUUUUAAAGCCAGUCCCAGCAGAUCAAAUGAUAGUUUCUCCGUCAAGCAAUACAUCCACUUCGUCUUCUACUCUUCAAAGCCCUGUGGGAGCUGGCACACACACUGUCACAAAAAUUCAGUCUGGCAUAACUGGGACAGUCAUAUCGGCUCCGUCAAGCACUCCCAUCACGCCAGCCAUGCCCCUAGAUGAAGACCCCUCCAAACUGUGUAGACAUAGUCUAAAAUGUUUGGAGUGUAACGAAGUCUUCCAGGACGAGACGUCGCUGGCUACACAUUUCCAGCAGGCUGCAGAUACGAGUGGACAAAAGACUUGCACUAUCUGCCAGAUGCUGCUUCCUAACCAGUGCAGUUAUGCAUCACACCAGAGAAUCCAUCAGCACAAAUCUCCCUACACCUGCCCUGAGUGCGGGGCCAUCUGCAGGUCGGUGCACUUCCAGACCCACGUCACCAAGAACUGUCUGCACUACACCAGGAGAGUUGGUUUUCGAUGUGUACAUUGCAAUGUUGUGUACUCUGAUGUGGCUGCUCUGAAGUCUCACAUUCAAGGUUCUCACUGUGAAGUCUUCUACAAGUGUCCUAUUUGUCCAAUGGCGUUUAAGUCUGCCCCAAGCACACAUUCCCACGCCUACACACAGCAUCCUGGCAUCAAGAUAGGAGAACCAAAAGUAAUAUAUAAGUGUUCCAUGUGCGACACUGUGUUCACCCUGCAAACCUUGCUGUAUCGCCACUUUGACCAACACAUUGAAAACCAGAAGGUGUCUGUUUUCAAGUGUCCAGACUGUUCUCUUUUGUAUGCACAGAAGCAACUUAUGAUGGACCAUAUCAAGUCUAUGCAUGGAACAUUGAAAAGUAUUGAAGGGCCUCCAAACUUGGGUAUAAACUUGCCUUUGAGCAUUAAGCCUGCAACUCAAAAUUCAGCAAAUCAGAACAAAGAGGACACCAAAUCCAUGAAUGGGAAAGAGAAAUUGGAAAAGAAAUCUCCAUCUCCUGUGAAAAAAUCAGUGGAAACCAAGAAAGUGGCCAGUCCCGGGUGGACGUGUUGGGAGUGUGACCGGCUGUUCAUGCAGAGAGAUGUGUACAUAUCCCACGUGAGGAAGGAGCAUGGGAAGCAAAUGAAGAAACACCCCUGCCGUCAGUGUGACAAGUCCUUCAGCUCAUCGCACAGCCUGUGCCGGCACAACCGGAUCAAGCACAAAGGCAUCAGGAAAGUGUACGCCUGCUCGCACUGCCCAGACUCCAGACGGACCUUUACCAAACGGCUGAUGCUGGAGAAGCACGUCCAGUUGAUGCAUGGCCUCAAGGACCCUGAUCUGAAAGAGAUGGCCGACGCCACCAACGAGGAGGAGGUCGAAAUCAAAGACGAUGUCAAGGUCCCCAGUCCCAAGCGGAAGUUAGAAGAACCAGUUUUGGAGUUCAGGCCCCCCAGAGGAGCAAUCACUCAACCACUGAAAAAGCUGAAAAUCAACGUUUUUAAGGUUCACAAGUGUGCCGUGUGUGGCUUCACCACCGAAAACCUGCUGCAGUUCCACGAACACAUCCCUCAGCACAAAUCGGAUGGUUCUUCCUACCAGUGCCGGGAGUGCGGCCUCUGCUACACGUCUCACGUCUCUCUGUCCAGGCACCUCUUCAUCGUGCACAAGUUAAAGGAGCCUCAGCCGGUGACCAAGCAGAACGGGGCUGGGGAAGAUAACCAACAGGAGAACAAACCCAGCCAGGAGGACGAGUCCCCCGACGGCGCCGUGUCAGACAGAAAGUGCAAAGUGUGCGCAAAAACUUUUGAAACUGAAGCUGCCUUAAAUACUCACAUGCGGACACACGGCAUGGCCUUCAUUAAAUCCAAAAGAAUGAGUUCAGCUGAGAAAUAGCCACCGAUGCUCCAUCAGGGAAAGCCCUGUCCACAUUGGAAUAAAAGACAUUUUUGUUACAAAAAGUUUGCAGUAUAAUAGAGUUAACAGUACUGUCUAGGCUGUUGCAAUAUAUUCUCUUUCAGCGUACCUUCCUUCACCUCGUCGUAUAUAUCCUCGAUAAGUAUUAAAACAGUAUUUGAGUUUAAAAGAGUUUGUAUAUAUUUAAAUGAAUAACUUUUUAUACUCUUUGUUACAUGUUUGUAUCAGUAUUUAGUGGAAAAAUGUUUUGAGUUGUUUUGGGUUAGAAUUUUUCUUUUUGUACUAUUUCUUUAAAACAGUUCUUAGUAACAGGGGCAGUUCCCGAAUUCAAAUAAACCAUUUUGUAUGUUUCAAAUUUGAAUGGGUUAACUAAUUACAGGCUAAACUUAAUGCCUUUUUUAGUGUUUUUAAUUUUUAGAAUUCACUACAUAAAUUGUUAAGUAAUUGUGGGUUUCAAAAACACUAGGAACUUUUAAGUGUCUUAGCGCUUCCUCACGUGCCUGCCCUGAGGGAGUGAGUUCCCGUUCGAGACACCUGCAGGCCAGUGUGGGCGUGGCUGUCUUCAGGCCACGCCCAUGAGGGUUUAAAGCAACCUUGCAGGUCGCUCCUUUCCCAGCCUGGAUAAAAACUGAAGCCAGGAAUCUAAUAAGGAAUGCUUAUUUCCUCAGUUCCAUUCUGAGCCAUGGGGAAGGCUCUUCUAAAGAAAAAAAAAAAAAGAUGGGACUGGUUUUCUGCAAGGCUGGCUUUAAAAGCACAAGGAGGGAAAUAACGAAAGGGCUGGACUACUAUAAAAGUUACAAAUACGUAGUUAGACCAAUAGAUUUCUAUAGUCAGGUUUUUGUCAUGUAAUUUAUUAACUAUCACAGAAACACAGCUAAGAAUAUCAAGUAUUUCUCUGGCUCUUGACAGGAAAAAAAAAAAAUCAGUUGACUUAACCCUUUGCUGUCAAAAGAGUUGGCGUUUCCUGUUCUGGGUGCUACUGCCAAACGUUCUGGUACUUAGAGUUGGAAUGCACAACGUCACCGGCUUCCCCAUGCAGCCGCCUGUGUAUUCCAAUCGGCCGUUACCUUAAGCACUGAGCCACCCAGGUUUAGUUCAGCCAUUUCAAGAAGUAAUAUUUAACGUCAGUAGUUCUGCUUUAUUAAAAUGCAGCAGAGGUACUCUUCUGUCCCUUCCCAUUUAUAGUUCUCUGAGAGAGUUCUAUUUUUUGUUUUGUGUUUUCUUUUGCAUUUUAUAUCUUGUAUUUAUCCCUGAAUAUGUUUUGUACUUUUUUUUUUUAAGAAAAGGAAUUCUUUUGUGUAUAUAUAGAUACUUGCAUGAUAUACUGUAGUCGACGUUCGGUUCCUCAAAAGGUCUUGCUGCUGUCAGGUGUUAUGCACUCCAUCCAUCAUAACUGUAAGAAACACAUUUCAUAUGUAAAUAAACAUGGGACAUUUGGCCCUUGUGCUUCUGUGAGAGAGUUAUUGAUGGUGGGUCUCUGACAUCUUUGUGAAGUUUAGGAAGUGAUUAAUUGCAGGGACAAGCUACAGGAUAUUGCAGAAUUCUUCCCACUCAGAAGAAUGGCAUAUUCAUUCUCAUUAGUGAUCAGCUAUUUUGUCACUUUCUCGUUCAUCCAUCAGUACAUCAGUAUAAUCCGAGGAUGUGAAUUUCAGCUUGAAAUUCCAUUGCUGUUACUUGUUAUGUUUGUAUUGCUCUAAGUUGUAUUCACAGCACUUUCAUCUGUUUCUGCAUUUGAACCUUGCAAUAAGCCUGUGUGGUAGGCCACAUAGGUCUGAUAACUAGUUUUACAGUUGAGGAAGCUGAGCUCAGAUUCAGUUCUCUGCCGAAGCCCUCAUAGCUGGUAAGUGGCUUUGCAUAUUAGAACCCAAAUAUUUUGCUCCUUAAAUCUAAUGCUCGCUCUAUGUGGUUAUGUACAUAUUGACAAAUACUCAUUUAUUCGACAAAUAAAAAGUAUGUACAAA